AUGGCAGAGGCUACUCUUCACAACGUGCCGAUUGUCAUUGACAAUGGCAGCGGAACCAUUCGAGCCGGCUUCGCGGGCGAGGAGAUUCCUUCAUGUUAUUUCCCGUCGUUUGUCGGCCGGCCCAAACACCCACGGGUCAUGGCCGGUGGGCUGGAGGGCGAUUCAUUCAUCGGCCAGCGCGCGCAGGAACUGCGCGGUCUCCUGAAGAUUCGGUACCCGCUCGAGCAUGGAAUCGUCACAAAUUGGGAGGACAUGGAAUCGAUCUGGCACUACGUCUACGAAAACGAGCUCAAGACCCUCCCCGAGGAGCACCCCGUGUUGCUCACGGAGCCGCCGCUGAACCCUCGCGCCCACCGUGACAUGGCCGCCCAGCUCAUGUUCGAGGCUUUCAAUGUGCCAGCACUCUACAUGUCUAUCCAGGCUGUACUAUCUCUUUAUGCGUCUGGGCGCACUACCGGUGUCGUUCUAGACUCGGGAGAUGGUGUCUCUCACGCUGUGCCAGUAUUCGAAGGCUUCGCCAUUCCCAACAGUAUUCGAAGGAUUGAUGUCGCCGGUCGCGAUGUUACAGAACAGAUGCAGUUGCUCUUGCGAAAAGCUGGUCAUGUGCUACAUACCAGCGCCGAAAAGGAGGUGGUGCGCAUGAUCAAGGAGAAGGUCUGCUAUGUGUCGCUAGACCCAAAGCGCGAGGAAAAGGAGUGGAUGAACAGCUAUCACAAAUCGGAUGCUAAAGCAGUCGACUAUACUUUGCCUGACGGCCACAGGAUCAAGAUUGGUCAAGAACGCUACCGUGCCCCUGAAAUCCUCUUCGAUCCUGAACUCAUCGGCCUCGAAUACCCCGGUGUACACCAGAUCGUCCAGGAUGCUAUUACUCGCACCGAUCUUGAUCUGCGCAAGUCACUAUACCUCAACAUUGUGCUCUCCGGUGGAUCGACUCUGUGCAAGAACUUCCCGGACCGCCUCAUGCGUGAGAUCAAGCGACUUGCGGUCGAGGACAUGAAGAUUCGGAUCUCUGCACCUGCGGAGCGCAAGUAUACCACAUGGAUCGGAGGUAGCAUUCUUGCUGGUCUAAGCACCUUCAGAAAGAUGUGGGUGAGCGCGGAUGAGUGGCACGAAGACCCUGAGAUCAUCUUCAAGCGAUUCGCCUAA